AUGCCUCCCAUCCAAGUCUACACCAAAUCCCCCAUCAACGCCUCCAAAGCCUCUGGCGUAACCCCUCAAACCGCAGCCCCAGACGAACCCGCUACCAAUCCCCCUACAACCACCACCUCCUCACCCCACCAACCACCCUCCAACAACAACAAUCCCAUCCCAACACGCACAACUCCCAUCCUCAACAGCGGUCCGCCCCCUCCCCAACCAGGCGCCGUGCCCCGCCUCCCCGAAGCAACAGCCACAGCAACAGCCACAGCCUCAAACCUAAACACCAUCAACAACAGCAGCAACGGCCCAGCCCCUCCCGCCCCAACCGCCGCUCCCAGCGGUAUCCCCAUCCCAGGCGUAAACCUCCCACCGCAAAUGGCCAUCCCCCCUCCCCCGCGGGCCUUUGCCGCCGGGGGAUCCCACAACCAGCGCGGCACUAGCACCGCAACGACCCAGCCCAUGGGCACUGGCAGCAACAGCGGUACUGCUGCCGGGUACUCACCCGCUGCUUCGCUGGGACCGGGCGGGUAUCAACAGAAUACGGCGGCUGUGUCGGGGUUUGUGGCGCCGGCGUAUCAGGAAGGGGGAGGAGGAGGAGGUGGUGGUGGGUAUGAGGAGGAGGACGAGGAAGGGUUUUUGGGGUCGGCGAAGAAGUUUGCGAAGGCUGCGGGGGAGAGGUUGUCGGCGGCGGAGAGCGAGGUGUGGAAGAGGAUUAAUGGGGAGGAGAAAUGA